AUGGCGAGCACAGCGCUACACGGAUGGCAUCCAGGCGAGAUAUCCAUCCAGCGGCAGCUGGGAUAUGCAGACGCCGUGAAAGACGCCUGGCCGAUAAUCCGCAACUUCAUGCCUGAGCAGCAUCGUGCCUUCCAUACCUCCAGGCUGCCCUUCAUCCCCAUCACAACCGUGGAUGAAGACGGACGCCCGUGGGCAGCGAUUGUCGCGGGCUCAGCAGGGGAGGCUGGCUUUGUUCAUACCCCAGACUCGCAGACUCUCUUAAUCCAUGCUCGUCUGUGGGAUGGAGACCCACUACUUGACACAGUCAAGGCGUGGGUUGAUUCAAGCCAUACCCUGUCCACUGUUGCCCAGAGAUCGUUGACUGCGGGUCUGGGAAUUGAGUUCUCCACUCGACGGCGCAACAAGUUCGCUGGGACUAUUCAAAGUGUGGAGUGGCAGUCUAACCUGGACUAUAAGCUACACUUGAGAGUCACCCAAACAACAGGGAACUGUCCCAAGUACAUCAACGUUCGAAAGCUCAUCCCUCAUCCACAUACGUGUUCCAAGGUUGAACAUCGACAUCGGCGUUGGGGACCGCAGGGCCGACUUCCAGAUGAAGUAGUGACGUUUAUCCUCCAGGCUGAUACGGUCUUUGUUGGGUCCAUUUAUAAAUCAUCGCCGUCGGAUCUGCACAGGUUCCCUCCGCACGCUGGUAUGAACGCUCGCAGUGGCUUACCGGGGUUUAUUCGAGUGAGCCCGUCCGACGGCCGCACGGUCGUGGUGCCAGACUACUCAGGAAAUCGAUUUAUGUCCACUUUAGGCAACAUCGAGGCUAGUGGGCUAGUGGGAUUGACAAUUGUGUCGUUCACUACGGGCGACAUUCUCUAUUUGACGGGUACCGCUAAAAACCUAGUAGGUCCGCCUGCGCUUGAGGUCAUGACAAGACAUGCCGCCCUCACAUCUGUGAAUGUUACCGGGUUCGUCUUCGUCCGAAACGCUCUCCCAGUUCGACAGCAGGGUAAUACCCCCGUUGAACGCAGCCCAUACAGUCCUAAGAUCAAAUACCUAGUGGAAGAGACGGGUGCCCAGAGUAGGGACAGUGCAGAGCACAAGGCAAAGCUCCAAGAGGCAGUACAUGUCUCUUCGAACCUUGCAGUGUUCAAGUUUAAAGUCAUCUCUAGGCCUGGCGCUGGUACUCUGAGAAUCCGCCCCGGUCAAGCCAUCGUGCUUGAUUUUAUGGACUGGAUAGGACCACCGCAGUACCAACACAUGGCAAGCUCCAACCCUGGGUCAAUCAAUGAUGAUCGUGUCCGUACAUGGACGGUUUCUAGUGCCCAUGAAGAGCAGAAUGUGACAUGCUUCGAAUUAACCAUGCGAGAAAUGAAAGGCGGCGCCGUGACCGGCGCCCUAUUUGAUCGGCUGAGGAAAGACCAGUCCGAUCAGGCAGGUCAGCACAUUGUUUUUGACACUCCUAUUGUCGCCAACGUCGUUGGUAUCACGGGUGACUUUUUCAUCGACCGCGAGAAGAUCAAUGCGCUGUGGGUCGCCGGUGGCAUUGGAAUUACGCCAUUCCUCGCUAUGCUAAAUGCACUGGCAGAGCGUGGUCUUGCAGUGGAAGGCGACGUCAUGCUGGUCCUUGCAACGAGAGAACCGAACAUCAUGCUCAAUAUGAUGCGACCCUCUCUUGAGAGAAUAGCAUCAACCGUUCGGAUCACCAUUGCCAUAUUCACCCAUGACUCGGAGUUCAAUGCCGCUCAUCUCAAGCCAAAUCAGACCAUUUGCGUUCAUAGAGGUCGCGUGCUCCCAGAGUUUUGGAAGGAUAUCCCGCGCGACAAAGACGUUUUUAUUAGCGGGCCCAAUGGGUUCGGGGACUCAGUGACAGACGGGCUGCGAGCUGUCGGUUUCUCGCCAAAUAAAAUCCAUCGAGAAGGCUUUUAUUGA